CUUGCCUGAGUCCUUCAAUAAACACUUGCCUGCAUUCAUCGCAAGUCAUCUCGCAACACGCAUGGCCAUACAGUAUGUGAAACCUUCUACAGCUUGAAGUUGGGCUCAGAUCCCCUUAUGCAUCUGCGCCGCGGUGCCGAGUUUGCUCUUGGGAGUAUACCUGCAUUGCGAGUAAGCUCAUGGUUUCUGUUCGGAUGUUGAUCGGAUGCUGCCCUUACUCGAAUCAACAAACUCAAUCCUCGACUUUGGAAGCUCAGGGAAAGUUCAUAUCUCUACUGCCGUCUUCUCUACAACACUCUGAUCUGAUUUCUAUAACGUAAAUGUCUUCCUGAGAUGGUAGCGGGAACACCUUCGGAGUUCUCGCAUAAGCGAUGCGUCCUUGGAUGCGUCUCCCUUCCGCAUGCUCUUUCCGAGUGAUAGAUAGGUGGUCCUGUUCAACCCUAAGACGUGUAAACUGCAACGUCCUCAUCGUCGAUGGUACAUAUAUCAAGUAACCAUCCUCUCGUGGCUUCCCGGAGCCUGCUUUAAGACCGCUGCUUUUGCGACAUCAGUGGUUAUUUGUCUUUUGUAUUAUGGGCGCUUUGGACGGUGAUAAGCUGAAUCAAUGCAUACGGGGAUCACAAGUUGUGUAGAGAAGUAUGAUAUGUGUAAACGUGGUAGGAGCAGUCAAGGUUAUGUCGUUGAUGACUGCACGGUGCGCUUCUGGUCAGUUUCCCUCGAUUCUUCUUUGGAAGACCGCCGAUACCGUUAUCCAAAUCACGGAUGCGAACAUGGUCGAACGUGUGCCAAAACCUACUUUACCAGAUAAUUCCAGCGGUCAGCUGACACGGAUCUUCCUCGUUCGGCUCUAGGUCGACUUCUUUCCGAACUACGAAGGCCAUGUUACCACAAGGUAUGAGUCAGCUCGAGAGUAUGAUAUUCUUGAUGUGAUGCAGCAUGUCUCGUCGCAAGUGUAUCUUCGCAUGCGCCGCUGCCUAUAAACCGCAGCAAUGCCGACGUCAAAGGUCCCAUACUUCGCGUCAAUCGAGGAAGCAUCCGUAGUACAGGACCGUAUCUUAGUCGCUCCAAUGGUUUUCGUAAUCUACGAUUAUCUGCUGGAUUUUGACCUCGAGGCGGAAUAUAUCUGGUGCCAAAAGUUUACAUCGACAAGCUUGGUCUACCUGAUUCUACGGUAUCUGGGUCUGAUCGUCACGGUAUCGACUGUACGACAUACCCUUUGAUUUGCUUACGCACUCAUUC